UAGAAAUUCGCGUUCGUUUUCCGCAUCGUGAGCUUUAUCGAUUACACAAAAUAAAAUUUAAAUAGUAAUGAGAGAACAUGUGUUUAAUUAAUCAAAGUUAUCGCUACAUACAAUAAUUUUACUUUAUGCAAUGUGUAGUUCGGUACACCCGUUACAUUCAUUGAGUGUGAGUCAGCGAGGAACAUAAAGUUAUAAACAAUGGAACCCCCGAGUUCGGUUCUGGUAGCUGUUAUUUUCUUUUACAUUAAUUAUGCCGCUACAGAUCGCGGCGAUUAUAUCGGAUGUUAUAAGUUUAAAGAAGACGUGCUAAACACUCACACAGGACAGUCUGUAGAUGUUUGUUUAUCAGCCUGUGAACAAGUGUAUUACAAAUAUGCUCUUAUAGGAAACGAAUCUACGUGCUUCUGUGGAAACGAUCCCGGGUUUAAAAUUGGCCUGGACUCCUGUGACACACCUUGUCCAAAAAACGAGACACAGAAAUGUGGUGGAGACAAUGUAGCCAGUGUUUAUGACACAGAAGUGACAGCGCCGGGCCCGCCCAUGUCAAUCGAAGUGGUAAAUGUCACUGAAACAACCGUUAGACUCCGCUGGACACAGCCACAAGCGUUCACACGCAUAACAGGGUAUGUCAUCAAGGCCUCUGUGUUGGAAACAUAUGCGGUUGCAGCCUUAUUGCCAGUAUCGUGGGCAGUGCCCAACACUACUCUACAGUCAGAGCUACCAAACCUCCACCCAGGUUCUAAGUACAACAUAAGUGUUGCCGCAACUAAUUAUAAAGAGGAAGGUGCUAGUAUUGGCACUGUAGUAGAAACAAUAAUUGGCACACCGGAUCCCACCCCACCUAGCAUAGAAAUUAAACAGAGGCACGGUGAUGAGAUGCUAGUUCAUAUUCCCGAAGCUCAAAAUGUAAAUGGUCCCGUAUCCAUGUACAGAAUUGUUGUAUCAAUUGAGCUUUACCAGCAAGGCAUUAUAAUAGACAAUCUUGGCAAUCACUCUUAUGCUGAGGAACAAGGUCUACCUUAUUACAUUGCUGCAGAACUGGACCCAGAGGAUAUAAAGAAUGACUUUAUAAUUGGAAACGGCAGAACUUACAAUGGUUAUUUUAAUGCCCCACUACCUCUGACCAAUGAUAUAGAGGUUUCACUUGGUAUUGUCAGUGAGAAAAACCAUAUAAAGAAGGUUAGGUAUGCCGAAUCUACGAAGAAGAUAAUUUUAAAUAUAAAUGAAGUGGAGGAGUACUCCCCCAUGGUGGUAGCUCUGGGUGCAGGCAUAGCAAUAGGAAUGGUACUCCUCUUGAUUGGUAUUGGUCUGCUUAUAGUCUUACGGAAGAGGAUUCAUAUGGUAAGAUUACAGCGAGGUUCCCAGUCAAUGCCCCUGAGCCUUAGUGAGCCAUGUAUGGAGAUUGAAAACUCAGAAUUUCUUCAAGAUGACAAUGACAGAGUUGACUAUUACGGUAAUUUGAAACGCAAACUUUGGAAUAUUCCUAGAGACUUGAUAGACAUUGAUAUUUCUUGUGUAGUUGGUUUAGGCAAUUAUGGUAAGUUUACUAGAGGCAAAGUUAAGCAGCAUGGUGCUCAAACACCCAGUCUAGUCCAGGUCAUAUCUGACAGGGAGUUGGAGAAAUCUGAUAAAAAAUUGAUGCUUCAAGAACUUGACACACUCAUUAAAUCAAAUGAGCAUGAUAACCUCAUAUCUUUUAUAGGUAUAUGUGAGACAAGUACAACAUUAUUUGUGGUUUUGCAAGACAUGAAAAUGACAUUCAAAGAAUUACUCAUACAAAGUAGACAUAGAGACUUGCAAAACAAUAAGUUUUGCCUUUUAAAUGAAAAUAAGGCAAUACAAAUUUGUGUUGAUGUGGCAUGUGGUAUGGAAUAUUUGCAAAGCAAAAAAAUCAUGCACAAAAGGUUGAGUUGCAGAAAUGUGGUUAUUGGUGAUAAUGGUGUUGCUAAAGUGGCAGGAUUUGGUCUAUCUCACAUCCGCCCUCUACAUGAGACUCCUGAUUAUAUACGGUGGACAUCCCAUGAAAUGUUAAGACAGAACAGGUAUAAUCCUAAAGCUGAUGUCUGGUCUUACGGGGUCCUUAUGUGGGAGGCAUUAACUAUUGGGGCUACACCAUAUGCACAUACAGCUAAUAAGGAAGUGGCAGCCAGGGUUUUAAGGGGCAUGAGGCCUUCCCAACCCUCUUAUGUUGGUGAUGGCCUUUUCCAAUUAUGCCUACAGUGCUGGCAAGUAGACCCUGAUGAGAGACCACCUUUCUCAUCCCUUCUAAAUGAACUGACACAGUUUGCAGAGGGUCCAGGCACCACUUGUCUAAGUUUUACGCAUUACAAUGGAUUUAACUAUGAUCUUUAUGUGCCACAGUAUGAAAUUGUUUCAUAAUGAUGUUUGGUAACUGCAGCUAUGUAUUAUUUUUCCAUUUCUACAAUAGUCCUUAUGUUAACAUAAUUUUAAGAAAAACAUGGCAAUAAUACAACCUUGGUGGCAGUUCUGUCUUAUACUAAUCUCUAAACUUAACUAAAUCUGAAGUAGGACUAUCCUUUUUACUAUGCUCCCUAUAGAAAAGGAUAGCUCUACUUUAAGAACUGUCAUUUUGGUUAAGAGUUAGUUACAACUUUGUACAACAUAAUAUUCACUUUUGUUAAGGUAUUAGAAAUUAUAUGGCAGGUACCUAGCUGAUUUAUACACUUAAUAUUAUGUUUUGUUGUUAAAAAUAUUUGGGUAAUGAAUUUAUUUUAUUUGCUCAUAAUUUACAGGCAUUGAUCCAAAGAUUGCUUUUGAUAAAUAAUGAUUUUGUUUACAAAUCACUGCCUGUUGGAACAUGGGUGAGGUAGAUGCGUAAGAAAAAGUUUGUGCGAUUUUCUCAAUAGGAUUUAUUCCUGCUUUCCACCGUAAAAGAGUUGUCAAGAGUCAUUGUUGUGAAUAAAUUAAAUAAUUAGUUUUUAAGAUGAUGCGAUGCGCGGCGGUCGCUGUAGGGAAAUUCUCAAAGGUGGUCUUUGAUAAACAUUAAUAAAAAUACUAACACACCGAAAACUUUAAAGUUUCAGGUAAAACACUAUUGAACAGCAAGCAUUCUGAAAAAACUUUUUAAUCGACGCGACGUAUUUAAUGGCGGUGCCUCGGAUAUUAUGAAAUUAGUUUAAUGCAUACACUUCUACGUCGUUUCUUGUUAGAUUGGAUCCAGAUGCCAGGAUUUCUUGGCUCGGCUUCUUCUUUCUUUCAAAAUCCACUAAUUUUGAAGGUACACAGGUAUUUUGAAGUUGUUUGACUUGUAAAACCUGCCGAGCAUAAGUUUGUUUUUUUAGUUGAAGCUUUCAAUUUUACUUAUUGAAGGUAAUUACAUAUCUUUGAUUGAAAAAAAUACUUGAAUAUGAAAAAUUGUAAUGGCUUUUGAAAGGAAUCGUUAAUUAGAGAUUACCUAUGUGAACAGGGAAGUCAGUAGUUAUGUAUAUUAUUAAGAUAAAUGUAUUUGUAAUAUUUAACAUUUCUUAACUUUCAUGCUUGUUUACUAAUGCCUCAGAAUAGCUAGCUUGUAAGUAUUAAUAUAAUGUAAUUAAGUUUUCCAAUAUCUAUAGACUUCUAAAGUAAAUACAUUUUGUGUAAAUCUACACGACUCCCGUCGUAUUUGUAUCCAACCAACCCGCAGAAAUAGCUUGGUGGGUCUACACGCUAUGUCCAUUCCAUAAUAGAGUCUCUCCUCUAAUAUAGAGCUUUUUCCAAUUAGGUUAUUUUAGAGUAUGGAAAUACUUAAACAUGGCAGCAAAAUGGAUCUUAUCGCAUCUCAUUAUAGCUCAAUUUUGCAUAAAAUUCUCGGGCUCGGCCUUUUGACAGAACGUUUGUAGAACAAAACUCAGAAGUAUAGGUGUUAGGAUUCUAAAACGAGGGACUUUAGAUCCAUUUUACUACGACGAUACUGAGUUUUAUAUUCUAAACGAUUCCGAGCGAGAAAAUCUUGUACUAGGUAAUCUAUUGUAUGUUUAUGUCGAGAUCGCUUUUCAAUUGUAAUCAAAUACUGCCAAUAUGACACGACUUGUCGCGCCGGUCAGUGAUGCUAGACUGAUCUAAGCAUGGCUAAUAAUUAACAAAGUUAUAACGUGCCACGAUUAAUGUUCUUAUCCAUCUCUUUGAAAAACAAAGAAAAACCUAAAUUUCUUUAUGUAGGCACACUUUUUGAGCACUGUAACGUCUUAUACAUCUGCUUGUAGUGACUACCACUGUCGAAAGCAAUUUUACUAACUUGAGAUGAUAAAGUGUAAAAAGAUAUAAGAGAUACGUAGUUUCAAAUAAAUGUCAUCCACAAAAUUGAUAGUAUCUCGAAGUGAAUUUUUCCACGUUAUAUAACUGCAAGUACGUGCUAUGCUUAGCAAUGUUUCGCGCACAACGAAUGCGAAUCGACGCAUUAUAUUUUAAAAUCCCAUUGAACCUUGGUCAAUUCUUACUUGAAUUAUAGUCAGCAGUGCUUUCGCAUACUGUACUUAAUUUACCUAAAGUACACGGUACUUAAAUAUUAAAAUACUUUAGUAAAUUGCUCAGAAAUAUAGGCAUACGUAGAUACCUGCACACCUCAUUUUUUUUAUUUAAAAGUAUUAUUAUAAAUUAGUUUUACACCUGUCAAUUUAGUUCCGUUUACAGAUUUGUGUGAUAAGAAUCGGCACCAGUUGCUGAUAAAUAAUGUUUAGGGUUUAAAGUUCUGCAGGGUGAUUUUAUAACGUAGACAAUCGAAAGAGAACCUUGAUCGCCUUCGUACAACCGCAUGAAAAAAUUUUAUGUGUAAAAUUCGCGAUUUGCUUCCAUUAGUCGUGUCACAUAAUGUCUCAGAAAUGCGAAUACCGUAGCUCAAUGAUAAUACAGCCAGACAGACAGUAUACAUAAAAAACCAUCAACACCCUGUUAGGGCAAUCGCCGACGGUAUAAGUAAGGUAUAUCUACUAUUUAAGUUUGAAUUAAACAUUUUUGUAAGCAAGCAGUGAAAACGCCCUGCGCUCAUCUCACAGGAAUGAUGCUAGCUCUCAAACUUCCCAUUUUAUGAUAAACGUUUAGAACAUUAAAGGACAGAGUAGAACAUUAAAGGACAGAGUAGAACAUACUGAUAAAUGGGAUGAACCGCCUGGUUUUUUGAUGCUUCAAUAUUAGUCUUGUACACGGUUUCUGUAUGUCUUUAAUUCUGUGUUGCGCACCUUAUUUUCAUAGCAACAUGCGAUGUUGCUAUAUUUUUUUAGAUUUUUAUACUUAAGACUUAUUAAGCUUUAAUAUAACAUUUAAUGUGAAUUGAGCGUAGAUGGUGAACGUAAAACAGCAUCGCCUACCAGUAUGGUGGUAACGUAAUCGAAUCACUUGUGAAUUAACAUUCCAUAACAAUUAGUAUCUAAUACCAAUUUAUUUAAUUGUACCUAAUUUGAAUUUUACUUUGUAUAUUUUUACACCUGCAUGUUGUAAAUCCGUCCAAACACUUGUAAUAUGACUGUAUAUUUUUAUAUGAAUCUCAAUGUAAUAUUAGAUGCUAGGUGCAUUUACACGACUUACUAAUAAAUAAACUUAUAAACUAUUAAAAGAUUUAAAUGUGAACUUUAUUUAAAAAAAGAUACGUGUAACCUGAUUUCGAAGUACCUGAGUGAAACUAACGUGCACAUCUGCCUACGCCUGUCUACGCACAAUAUCAGAGAAUAGAAUUUUACCGAUUUUU